GUAUAACAUUGUCUUGAUAUAGUUUAGAUAAUAACAGAGAGAAUGGGGUACAGUCCGAAGCUCCUAUCUGCAAUGAUAUAAUGUAUUCUCUUUGUUUUACUCCUCAUGCCAUGUAGUUCUGCAUUUGUUUGUGAGAAAUACAAUGACUGCCAGAUGCUCCUCAAAUUCAAGAAAGGCAUAACAAGUGAUCCUCAUGGUAAUCUUCAAGCUUGGAAUGAAGCCAACCCCUUCUGCAACUGGACUGGAGUCACAUGCCACCAACAUCUCAAAAACCGGGUCACUGCUCUUGAACUCGUAGACAUGGGAUUGCAAGGAAGUUUAUCACCAUUUCUGUCCAAUCUUUCGCUUAUCACGAAGCUACAACUGCAUACCAACAGAUUUCAUGGAGAAGUGCCAAGUUCUUUUGGAGACCUCUCAGAAUUAUCACACUUAAAUCUGAGUUAUAAUAAUCUUCAAGGUGACAUCCCGGCUUCACUACAAGGUUGUCAUAGCUUGAAACUCAUGGACUUGUCAAACAACAAUCUAUCUAGGGUCAUUCUCCAGGAAAUUGGUUCGUUGAAGAAUUUGACAUGCUUAGCUCUCGCUAACAAUAGUCUUACAGGAUCCAUACCAUCCUUUCUGUCAAACUUGACCAAAUUGACAACUUUAGAACUUUCUUUCAACUCCUUUAUAGGGAAAAUCCCGCCAGAGCUUGGAGCAUUGAAAAAGCUAGAGAUAAUGUAUUUACAUGUGAACUAUCUUGAGGGAUCAAUACCUCCAGAGAUUAGCAACUGCACUGCUUUACUCGAAAUUUCGCUGAUUCAGGAUGGCUUAAGUGGAGAAAUCCCUCCAGAGUUGGGUUCCAAGCUGCAAAACUUACAGAAGUUGUACCUGUCAAUAAACAAGUUUACUGGGAAAAUACCAGUGAAUCUCUCCAAUCUUUCUCAGCUGAUAUUACUUGAUUUAAGCAUUAACAAACUACUGGGGGAAGUCCCUCCAGAGUUGGGGAGGCUUAAAAAUCUUGAGAAUCUUUACCUUCAUUCCAAUGACCUGGUUAGCGGCUCUGAUAAUUCUUCUCUAAGUUUCUUAACCGCUCUCACAAAUUGUUCACGUUUGAAGAAACUACACUUGGGUUCGUGUUCGUUCGCUGGAAGGCUACCAGAUUCUGUUGGAGGUCUUUCAAAAGAGUUGUACUACUUUAAUCUUAACAGAAACCGCAUCACAGGAUACAUACCAGACAUCAUUGGGAACUUGAGAAGCCUAGUCAAUUUAAACUUGUCAGGUAACUUCUUGACUGGAAAAAUCCCCGCAGGACUUGGAAGGUUUGGCCAAUUGCAAAGGUUAAACUUGGCAAGAAACAAAAUCAUGGGGGCAAUACCAGAUGAAAUGGGACAUAUGCUAAAUCUUGGAUCACUGGAUCUUGGUGAUAAUUUGAUUAGUGGGUCAAUUCCACCUUCUUUUGGCAAUCUUUCACAAUUGAGGUAUCUCUAUUUGUCUCAUAACAACCUUUCAGGAGAGUUUUCCAUUGAACUCACCCAAUGUUCUCUAUUAAUGUUGCUUGAUCUAUCUUACAACCACUUCAAAGGAUAUGUUCCUCUACAGAUUAGCUAUUUCUCUGGCUUGUCUCUUUCACUUAAUCUGUCAAACAACAAUUUUGAAGGACACAUACCAGAGACUAUUGGAAAGCUAAUAUCUGUACAGGAAAUUGACUUUUCCAAUAAUAACUUUACUGGUGUCAUACCAAGUUCAAUCGGAGGCUGCAUUGCUUUGGAGUAUCUUAACUUCUCUAACAACAUGCUUCAAGGUUCUAUUCCAGAGUCAAUGAAAGAAAUCACAUAUCUUGGAGUUUUGGACUUGAGUCAUAAUCAAUUAAAUGGCACUAUUCCAAGUUGGAUUGGAAAUGAACGGGUGAUCAAGACCCUCAAUCUAUCCUAUAACAGAUUAUCUGGAGAAGUUCCCAAAAAUGGAAGUUUUGAUAAUUUUACCAGAAACUCAUUUGUGGGGAAUGUGGGAUUGUGUGGUGGCUCAACACAAAUGGGUCUUCCCACAUGUAAAGUCCAGCACCAAAAAGACAAGACAAAGAAGAGGGUGUUAUUCUAUGUGAUCUCAUCAGUUACGCUAAGCUUACUUGUUCUGUUGGUUGGGUUCGUUACUAGGUACUUUCUCUUCAAAAUAAGGGAUGGAAAACAACAUUACACAGUUACAAGUUAUUUCUCGAGCAUUCACGGGACCAGUACUUACACCCAAAGAGAGCUUGAAAGUGCUACAGGUGGAUUCAAUGAGGCUAAUCUUCUUGGCCAAGGUAGCUUUGGAUCAGUCUAUAAGGCAGUCAUUGAUCAAGGAAAAACUACUGUUGCAGUGAAGGUCUCUCAUGAAGAAUCUAGUCAGAGUUACAAAAGCUUACAAAGAGAAUGUGAAAUAUUGUCCAAAAUCAAGCACAGAAAUCUAAUUAGAAUUAUAGGAUCAACCUGGACUUCACAGUUCAAGGCUCUUGUUCUAGAGUUUAUGCCAAAUGGGAACUUGGAACAGCAUUUGUAUCCUAAUAGGUUAGAAGAGGAAGAUCCUUGUAAAUUGACAUUGGAAGAAAGGUUGUCUAUAGCUAUAGAUAUUGCCAGUGGGUUGGAGUAUCUUCAAGAUGGCUGUCCUACUCAAAUUGUACAUUGUGAUUUGAAACCACAAAAUGUGCUUCUUGACAAUGAUAUGGUGGCUCAUAUAGCAGAUUUUGGAAUUGGAAAGCUUCUUUUAGACAAACCAAAUGGAGAAGCUAGCACAGCAGGUUUUCUAAGAGGAUCAAUUGGUUAUAUUCCCCCAGAAUAUGGACAGGGGAUUGAAGUAUCAGUUAAAGGAGAUGUAUAUAGCUUUGGUGUAAUUCUUCUUGAGAUGAUAUCCAGAAAGAGACCCACAAGUAGUUUGUUUCAAGAUGGGCUUGAUCUGAGGAAAUGGAUACUUUCUUGCUGCCCAAACAACAUUUCUGAUAUUAUUGACAUCACUCUAAAAAAGCAAGCCACCAUAGAAGGCUUAGUUGGCAGUGUAGAGAGGCUUGAGGAAUGUUGCAGUAGUUUGCUUCAUGUGGCAUUGUCAUGCAUAGAAGACAACCCUCAUCAAUGACCUCUGAUGUCUUCGGUUGUAAAUAUGCUGCUGAAUAUUUUAAAGGAACUGUGAUUUGAAGCUUCAAAUAGAAAUAAAGAGUUACAAUUGUCAGAAGAAUGAAGGAAAGUCACACAGCUUUAUAGAGGCAAUAGAUGUCAGUUAUAGACUUUUUCAAUCAAUGUUAGAGGAAUUUAUAUAGAAAAUUUUCAAGGGUUACUCGUAUAUGAUCAGAAAGUAUUAAGUUGUCUGUGAAUUUGUGACUUAUGUUGGGAAUGAUUCAUUCCAGUCUUUGUAAUAUAAAUUGUUUUCAUCUUCCUUCUUGGUUCUUGGUUCUGUUUUUGCUAUCAAAAUAAAUGAAACAGAAACUUGCCUGU